AUGUCUAAUAUGAAUGAACAGGGACCUAUAUUGAGAAAAUCUCGGUUGGGUUGUCGCGAUUGUCGACGUCGCAGGGUCAAAUGCGACGAGACGAAACCUGUCUGCUCAAACUGUCGCCGGCGGUAUAUAAAUAUCCAGCACUGUGACUGGGGCCCUCAUGUGCCUCGCGACACCCGCCAGCCACAGCCGGAAAUAGAUGCACCGACCUCUCUCCAACUAGAUCCAAGCUCAGUGACAAGCAAUCCGCAAUGGCGGAGUCUGGAAUUGCGCUUAAUGCACCAUUACACGGCGGUCGUGAGCUCCACGAUGCCGAGUUGCAACGGCGCUCCCGCAGAGGCGUGGCAGCAUACCAUACCGCAGCUAGGCUUCGUAUCCGAGGUUGUUCUGAAUCCUAUGCUAGCGCUUUCAGCACUUCACCUGCAUGCCCAUUCACCGAACGAUGCCAUGGUUGGUAUUGCAAUGCAACGGUUUUUUGGCCGUGCGCUUGCCCAUCACCGUUAUGCGCUAUCUGAUACCAGCCUGAGCGGUUCGUCGGAGCAGCUCUGGCUUUCUGCCGUCAUACUUUGCCAUAUGUGCUGGCUACUUGAGCACCAAAAGCCGCGGCCUAACGCAGCAUAUGAGCUUCCUGUACAGGCAUUCAAAUUGCUUGAAGGGGUUGGUAUUAUGUUCAUACAGAAAAAUGUACAAGGCUAUGGCUGGCAAGGAGACGAAGCUUUUCCGCGGAUAGUGCCGGAUGAGGAGCUUCCCAUGGCCUCUAGGUUUCAACUACUUGAGAUAGAAAAAGAUCUGGAGGGUUUGUUUCGAGAAUUCGAUGUCUCGACCAUGCCACACGCCGAGAGGAACAUUUACAUGGAAGCGAGGGAUUACGUAUUCUACCAUUAUCGAGCGUUCUACUCCGGUGAGGACGCCACGACCCUCCAGCGAUUUAUUGCAUAUAUGGCGGUACGAUGUCAAGCGGGUUAUAGAGAUAUGCUACAGUCACACGAUCCGCUCGCAAUGGCAUUGAUGGCCAGAAUGCUCGUUUUGCUUAAUGAACUAGAUAAUGCUUGGUGGGCAAAUGGGAGGGGCGAGUAUGAAGUUGUGCAGCAAGAUGUCAGGGGAAUAUGCCAGUUGAUGCCUGAGACUCUGCGCUGGACGAUGGAUUGGCCAUGGCUCUAUGACUCUUACUCGGCAUAUGCAAACUUCUUAGAGCCUUAG